UCACAUUACGGCGGCUGUUUUACGACAACGGCUCUGUUUACGGCACACGUGUGUACAGUCCACUCUACUCCGGUGGUGUUUACUCCAGCAUGGCUAAAGGCACUAAGAAAAAAGCGAGUAAAAAGGGCGCAAAGAAGCGGUCCGAGGAGACCGGAGAGAGCGCGGCGCUGAGGCCGGAUGUGCGGUACGAUGACGACGAUGAGGAUUUUAUCGAUGCGGAUGAAAACAUCACCAGUGAGGAGGAAGAGGAGGAAGAUGAACGAAAACGCCAAAAGCUGCUGGAGGCCAUCAGCUCUCUCGGUGGUAAGAGGAAGAAAAAUCUGGGCGAGAGGUCCGAGGCGGCCGUCCAGAUGUCCGAGUUCACUGUCAACGCGGAGGGGGAGGGCGGCAAGGUCGACCUGUCCGACCUCAUCGGGACCAUGGAGAAAACCCCGGCCGUCCCGAACAAGGCCACGAUGCGGCUCAAGAGCCUGCAGCAGAAGAAAAAGACCAUAGAGUGUCCCCUGAGCAAGCAGGAGAGCGAGAGGAUCCACAGGGAUGUGGCCUUUCAGAAGGCGGCCACAGAGGUGACCCAGUGGACAGGUGUCAUCAAACAGAACCAGAGAGCCGAGCAGCUGGUCUUCCCUCUCAACCAGGAGCCCUCCGGACCAAAACCCAUGGAGAAGGUGGUGACCGGCUGGAAGGCACGAACCCCGCUCGAGGAGGAGAUCUUCGCCCUCCUGUCCGCCAACAAGCAGCCCAUCCAUGACCCCGUCCUGACCCCCGUCGAGGAGGCCUCCAUGAGGGCGAUGAGCCUGGAGGAGGCGAAGAUCCGGCGCGCAGAGCUGCAGAAAGUCCGAGCUCUGCAGUCCUACUACGAGGCCAAGGCCCGCAGAGAGAAGAAGAUCAAGAGCAAGAAAUACCACAAAGUGCACAACAAGGCCAAGCGUAAAGAGUUCCUGAAGCAGUUCGACGAGAUGGUGAAGACAGACCCGGCCGCCGCCUUGGAGGAGCUGAAUAAGAUGGAGCUGGCCAGGAUGCAGGAGAGGAUGUCGCUGAAGCAUCAGAACAGCGGCAAGUGGGCCAAGUCGAAGGCGAUCAUGGCCAAAUACGACGAGGGCGCUCGCAAAGCCAUGCAGCAGCAGCUGGAGGUGAACAAAGAGCUGACCCAGAAGAUGGUGACCUCGCUGAAUAAAGAGGAGGAGGAGGAGGAGGAGGAAGCAGCCGGUGCAGAGGUGCUGCCUGACUUUGUAAACGACGCCGAACAGGCGGUGGAUUCUUCAAACCCCUGGAUGAGAGGGAAGCUCUCUGAAGAUCCAGCAGAUAAAGAGACAAGUGACACUGCAGAUCCUACAGCAAAGGGGCCUGGAGUGCAGGGAAAUGCAGCUGAGGAAGAGGAGGAAGAGGUGGAGGAAGCAGAGGAGGAAGUGCUCCUCAGAGAGUUCGAUAGGAGGAGGAAGCUGCGUCAGGCUCAGGAGGAUGACGUAGCACCUGUCGUAACAACUGUGGGUGAGGAUGAGGAGGAUGACGCUGCAGCAGACGCUUCAGACCAAGACGAAGAGGAGCUGUCAGAGUUCACUAGCCUCUUCCGAGGAUUAGCAAACGGCUGCCGGGAGGCCGAGGAAGCUGAUCCAACAGCAGACCCCAGUCACACGGACGCUCCGGCUCAGCUGGAGGAGGGGCUGACGAGGAUCAGGACUCUGGAGGAUGUGGAGCUCCUCGGACAGGAGGAGUCAGCCCCUGAUAAAGCACCUGCUCAGCCCCCAGCCACAGAUCAGCCAGCGCCUGCAAGCCAGGACGCAGGGAAAAAGAGAAAAAGGAAGAGAGGGAUCGAGUUGGAGGAGGUUCUCACCAAAGAGGCAAAAGUCAUCCAAGUCCCACUCAAUCCAACCCUCGAGGACGCCGAGGACUCGGACGACCAGCUGGACCAGAGGGGGCUCAUUAAAGAGGCCUUCGCGGGAGACGACGUCGUCUCAGACUUCCUUAAGGACAAGCGGAAGCAGGAGGACGCAGGGAAGCCUAAAGUGGUGGACCUGACGCUUCCUGGAUGGGGUGAGUGGGGAGGGACUGGCCUCAAGCCGUCCCGCAGGAAACACAGGAGGUUCAGGGUCAAGGCGGAGCCACCCCCGCCCAGGAAGGACCGACACCUGCCCAGCGUGAUCAUCUCAGAGACGAGGGACAGCUCCGUCAACCUCCACAAGGUGAACUCGCUGCCCUUCCCCUUCGAGAACCACGCGCAGUUCGAGAGCACCAUCCGCGCUCCCGUGGGCCGCACCUGGAACACCGAGCGGACCGUUAAAAAGAUCACCAAGCCCAAGGUGGUGACCCAGCUGGGCGCCAUCAUCGAGCCGAUGGCUCGGGAGGAGCUGCUGAAGCACAAGAAGCAGCAGGUGCCUGCUGGGAGUCCAGCAGGUGUGGACUCACGGAGAAGAAAACAUUAACUGUCAGUGACGUGUCACAGUAAAAGUACUGCAGUAAAGUGUGUUUUUGUACGAUGAUCAGUUCAGUGUUGUCUGACAAAUAUUCAGGUAUUUUUUCUGUAGGUUUUCAUAUCUUAUAUUUGAUAUUAAAAUCUGUCCAGUCGAGUAUAGAAAGUCAGCUUUAGAAUGUGAAAUAAAUCCUGCGGUUACAAGCUUGUGAGUUGAAUUAACAGAUUUUACAUCCCGCCGGCUGCUGUCACUGCUGGACAGGAAAUAAGUACAGUUUUGAGGUACUUGUACUUGACUGUUUUAGGCCAAGUGGACUCCACCAGUCAGGAUCACAUUUCACAUGUAAGCUAAUGUGUCAAAUAAAGUUAAAAAGUCCA